CAUUUUCAGAAGUUGAACUCAAAGCCCUAACAAAACCCUGAUUCAACACGCCUGCAAUCUCUCUCUCUCUCUCUCCAAUCCGUUCAAUCCUAUGCGAAGCUCGAAGUGAAUCGGAGAAGAUCAAUAAUGUCUGCAAUAGCUCGUUCUCGGAUUUUCUCUAUCAUAUCGAAGAGAAAGAAGCGUCCAUUUUCUUCGAGCGUGACUACAGAUCCUCCCAAAGAACCAAUGAUUUCUUCUUCCUCUUUUCUCAACAAUCAAGCUCCCGCCCCUCCUACUUCUCCUCCGCCACCGCCUCAGCCGCAGGCAACUGCAGCAGAGAAGAAACCAUGGAAUUUUCUAAAAUACAGUCUCGUCGCGGCACUUACCGGAGGCGUUGCUACAGCUAGUUACGCCACCUACGCAUACAGUUUGGAUGAAAUUGAUCAGAAGACAAAGGCUUUGCGUUCAUCGGCUAAUUAUUCCACAGGGGAUGAUGCAUCUGCCCUUGAUGUGAGUCUGACAUAG